GAACACGAGUAUCUGUGUUGGCCGCGGAUUGUAGGCCACGAAUGGGCGAUCAAUCACUGCUGCAUUUGCGGGACUGACACUCACGCCACUCAUAUCAAUAACGAUAAUCAAAGACGUCUGUUAGUCAACAUUCACUUAGAAAGUAACGCAUCGCGAAUAGAGUCGUUGCGAUUGAGUGACAAUUAUUCGCCGGUCUUUCGAGUGAUACUUCCCGUGAAAUUCGACAAUCAAUUGGCGGCCGAGACGUGUCAUCCGGUGCUCACAUUGCAGGCCAGCAUCGAAGCCAAUAAGCGAUCGCUUCAGCAAAGAGUGCAACGAUUUCUGAGCGAAGAACAAAAGCUAAUGGAGGAGCGGAUCCGUACGUUCACAGAACAGGAACACAACCGCUUCGCCGAAAUGCAGCUCACGAUCGGUCGCAAUGAGGAGACACUCUAUAACAUACUCGAAGACAUUCACCACAAGAUCGGUGGCGACCAGAGUCUGGAUCAGAGUUUGGCGUUUGCCGCCCAACAGUUGAAUAUCGACGCAAAUGCAGUCGAUGAAGAUCUGGGUCUCGACUCGUAUCUCAAUAUAAAGUCGACGCAAAGCAUAGCAAAGGCGAAGCCAUUGGACAAUAACAAGCAAAAGAAGUCACAACCCCUGCGCUAUAGAUCUCAAUCCGUUGACUACGAAUCCGUGGGCGGAAUCUUCGACAUCGAUGUCGAUGUGGACGACGGAAACGCUUUCGAUUCGAUCUCAUAUUCGGACGAAGAAGAGGACGAUUCGAUCGCUUUUCGCAAUUCAAACAAUGAAUACAAUUAUAAUAACGGAAGGGCUGUCCCUAACGCACAAAUGAACGCACAAAACAAUGGACUUAUGGCCUAUUCGUUGCCCAUUCAGGUCCAGAUCCCGAAGUGGAAGACUUUCCACAAUUACAGACACGACAUCGACGAAGAAGACUCAUUUUAG